ACAGAUUUCACAUCACUCGAAGUCGUCUAUGUAAUAAUAUGUGGUUGUGAACGCGUGAACGUAUUUUACUUUUGAAACAUUAAACGAAUAAAAGUAUAAUAAUUCACAGCAAUAAUAUUACAUUAUAUUUUCAAAGAUCGUUUGCGAUCAUCCGGAUAACGUUUUUACGGGAUUAGUUGUACAGUGCCUUUAGGCAUCGCAAGUAACAAUAAAUUAGUAUUUUAAAGGUACGCUCAUUUAAAUUCUACGUUUAAUCAGACACCAUAUAUACAAUUUUGAUUAAAAUAAAUCUGCCGAAUUCAGGAACGGUUAUGAAAUUAACGAUGACUAUUAUGAAGAUAACCCGAUUUUACCAUCGGUUCUGGAAGAGAAUAUUUAUGUUCUCAGUGCUCGUAUGGGUCGUUAUAUUUUGUGCGACUUUUUAUUUCAAAUGCGAAAAUCCCUUCGACGAUGAUAUAGAACAAACGCUUGCCAUGGCACUUCAAUAUCUCGACGAGGUGCAUAGAACCAACGUCGAACUGACAAAAAUGAGGAACGACCUAAGUCAAAAGAUGAAGAAGAAAAGGAAAAUGUCUGAACCGUCUGAAGAGUACGAGUUGUUGCGUCGCCGUAUUUAUUCAAACACGAAAGAAGUUUGGUAUUACGUCAGUUCUACAUUACGAUCGUUGGCCAACGAAUUCGAUGAUUUGAAACCGAAAGUUUCUGAUAUGAAAAUAAUUUCCGACGAACACUAUAGAUCGUUAUUGAGAGAUGUCACCAAGCUGGCCGAUGUCGACGGUUAUUCACAGUGGAGGUGGAAAGAGUUUCGCUCUUUGAGUAGACUGGUCGAAAAGAGACUUCGACAUACGCAGAAUCCACCUGACUGUUCCAAAGCUAAAAAGCUCUUGUGUAAUUUCUUAAGCAGAAAUUGGUGUGGAUAUGGAUGUCGCGUACACCAUUUCGUCAAGUGCUUGAUUGUCGCCUACGCCACCGAGAGGACAAUGAUUAUAGACAAUUCUGUAAACUGGCAGUUUAUUAGCGGUGGUUUUGAAAAGUUAUUUUUACCCCUUAGCAACACGUGUACGUCGAAGGAUGGUGAAACAUUUUCACAUUGGCCAGGAAACGAAACCACUCAAGUCAUAAAUUAUAUUGUGCCUACACCCGAAUACGCUGCCAAACAAUUCUAUCCUUCUUACAUUCCGGUCGUGUUGCCCGAAGACUUAGCUGGACGAAUAAACGUCUUGCACGGCGAUCCCGCUGUAUGGUGGAUAGGCCAGUUCUUCAAAUACAUCUUCCGGCCACAACCAUCUACUACCAUUGCGUUUAACGAGUUUGCCAAGCGUGUGAAUUUCCAAAAGCCAAUUGUCGGAUUGCAUAUCAGACGAACGGACAAACUCAUCAAUGAAGCUUCGUUGCACAAACUCGAAGAGUAUAUGUACCACGUUGAAGAAUAUUACAAGCUCAGAGAAUUGGACGGCGUAUACGACGCGAAACGGAUUUAUUUGGCCACGGACGAGCCAACAUUGUUUGAUGAAGCUAGACUCAAAUAUCCAGAAUACGAUAUUAUCGGCGAUCCAGAGGUAUCCAAAUCAGCGUCGGGUCAGAAGCGUGAACUAGACAGUUCGAUUAUGAAUAUCAACAUCGAGAUACAUAUUCUAGCUCACUGUGACUACUUAGUUUGUACUUUUUCGUCAAAUGUUUGCCGGUUAGCAUAUGAAAUUAUGAACAGUCUCGAACCGGAUUCAUCAGCUAAGUUCACUUCUUUAGACGACACAUUUUAUUUUAGUGGUCAAGUUCACAGACUGGAUGUAGCUAUAAUAUCUCAUAAAUCAGAAGGACCAGAAGAAAUGGAUCUAGAAGUAGGUGAUGAGAUUGAAGUAGCUGGAAAUCAUUGGGACGGUUAUUCAAAGGGGACAAAUUUGAGAACAAAGAAAACACUAUUGUAUCCUACUUUUAAGGUAACAAGAAAAAUUGAAGUUUUACCUUUUGCCAGCUAUCCAAAUAUCACUUUGAACACUGAGACAUAGAAAGAAGACAAAUUUAUUAUGAAAUCUGUAUUUGUACUAUUAUCUACUUAAAUGUUAUGAGUUAUGACUGUUAUUAUUAAAAUAAAACAAAAUAAUAUGGUUUUUAAAAUAUAAAAUUUGUAGUUCA